GAAUGCUUAGUUUCUGGACCGAGCUCCAACCUCGGCACUUUCUCCCCAUCUGUAGUUGAUCAGACAAUCCCCCUCGAUUGUGUCCACCAAAAUGCACCAGACAACCCAUUGAGCUCCCGGCGAGGACGAAGACGGAGCUACAACCCAACCAGAUGCCCCCUCCGACGAGAUGAGCAACAGCACCACCUUCGCGCAAGCGCUGCGGUACUUUGGCGGCGUCGGCGGCCACGGCGGUACCCUCAAGGAUGACUGGGAGCCCGAGAUCCUGCUCCUGCUCAGGGGCGUGCUCUUCAAGCUGACGGUGUGGGACCACGACGCGACGUACGGCGCGGCGCUGCAGAACCUGAAAUACACCGACGCAAGGCGGGCCGGGCCGGUGCUAGUCGCGCCGAGCAAGUGGCAGAAGUCGCUCUACGGACUGGUGACGGUCGGGGGUAAAUACGUGUGGAGGAAGUGGGAGGACUGGUUACUGGACCACGACGACGGCUACGACCAACGGAGUCCGAGAGUGCAGCGGCUGUCGCGACUUACCUCAACGGCAUCCACGGUGCACGCAGCGGCUGCGCUUGCCUCCUUUCUCGCCUUCCUCCUCCAUGGGCGGUAUCGGACACUACUGGAUAGGAUAUUGCGGAUGAGGCUUGCUCCUCCGACCAGCCAGGUCAGCCGCGAAGUGUCAUUCGAAUAUCUAAACCGACAGCUAGUCUGGCACGCGUUCACAGAGUUCCUUCUCUUCGUGCUGCCACUAGUUGGGAUCAACAGGUGGCGGAGGUGGCUUAGCCGGACCUGGAAGAAGACGAAGGACAUUAUCAAUACGAAGGGGGAGGGCGCCACCAACGAGAAGACGGGCGAAUUUGCCUUUCUUCCCGAGAGGACCUGUGCCAUCUGCUAUCAAGACCAGAAUUCUGCCACGACCGAGGGCGAGAUAUUGGCGGCCGCAGCGGCGAGCGGUGUUGCCGGCUCGGCCCAGACGGACAUAACGAACCCUUACGAAACCAUACCUUGCAGGUGCAUCUACUGCUUCGUCUGCCUCGCCACCCGGAUAGAAAGGGAGGAAGGCGAGGGAUGGACCUGUCUCCGCUGCGGCGAGCUCGUCAAGGAAUGCAAACCGUGGAGCGGGGAUGUGCUCGAGCCAUCAAACAAGUCGCCAACAGCGAAGACGGUUGGAUUUGCGGAUGAGGUCGUGGAGGUAGAGCCUGCGGAUGACCAAGUACUAGGCUCCGAGGUUCUUGUGGGUAUACCGGGGGAAGGCACCGCGGAUUUGCUCGCGGAAACGGAAGAUAUUAGCCCAGAGUCGUCAAGCGACUCGGAAUCCGAAGUUUAUGAAGAGGAGGAAGAUGAGCUGGGAGGGGAUGCUGAUUAAGGAGCGCAUUGCAUUAGGGGUGGGGGCGUUUCAACGGGAAUGACAGGGCCCAGCUUCAUGGGCUAGAGGCUGGUAGGCGAGAUAGAACUUGUACAACAAUACGGAAUACAUGGCAGACUCCACGAAGAGCUACUUCUUGGGUACCUCUAGGUAGUAAUCAAAGUCACAGAUCCCUGAAUAUCGGCUUUGUA